AGACGGCCUAGAACUAAACAUAACGUCUUGUUUCUACGUUGUAUUUCAAGUUAUUAUUUCAUGAAUGCAUUGAGAUCUCACUCAGUUACAAAACCACAUACGAUCUGCGGAUGCCAGUAUAAGAAGUCUGUAAGGAAACAAAAUUUAAUUGAUGAACGUAUUUUAAGAACUAGACGGCGAAAAAAACAAACAGAUUCUCAAAGCUUGCGUUGCCUCAGACCCAUUUUGCCAUCACAUCCGGGGAAAAGACGCGUAACGUCAGCACGACCGGAAGAAGAGGAAGACGGUAGAAACACCGAAAAACGGAGCGUGUACGCGGAGUCGCUCCUAAAAAUAAAGCGCUCGGAGAGGGUUCUGGCCAGCGGGCGACGCUCGUAUACAAAAUAGCAGCAGCCAGCUAGUGGAUAUCCGAUACAGAUAACAACAGCAAAUGUCGGCGUGUUUGUUUUAUGCGUUGGUUAAGUUGUGCGUCUUGGCUUUAAUCGGAUCGCAAACUAGCCGAUCUAAUUUAAUUGCGGUGUGGACGCGCCGCUAAAGCAGUCAGUUACUGCUGAAAUAUGGUAGCAAGGUUUUGACAGCUGGAAAAGAUAUUUAGACCUAGGGGAAGCCUUGCGGUCGAGGGGAGGGGGGCGCUGGACGAAGUUUCCAGGCUGUAAACUCAGUGCCUUAAGAGACUUCGAGGUGUCGCGGAGCGACUUACGGUAAUUUCGCUUGAAUGUCAGCGAAGACAUAUGUAUGAGGCCGACCAUUGAGAUCAAAUUAUUUUAUGAAGUAAAUGACAAAACGUAGUUGAUAGUGGCGAUCGGAAAAUAGUUUUUUUAGAGAGUGGGCCAACCUCGACGGGGGUUGCUGUUGAGCUCUGACCCUAAUCUCUGAAAUUAAUUAUCCGCAGUAAACAGACAUCUAGAUAUCUGCUUGUAUUGGGAUUUAAUUUUAGUAUUUCGUAAGGGGGAGUUUGGAACAAUUUAAGUCACUUCGUCAGCCUGUUGAUAUUACGCGCUGCGAUGCCCCUGCUGUUCUUGGAGAGGUUCCCGUGGCCCAGUUUGAGGACCUAUACGGGCAUAAGCACCGUUUUGUUGGCUGGGAGUAUCCUCAGCGUGUAUAGGACCGUGACCGAGCCGGGUUUCGACACUUCCGAGGCCAGCGACCCUAACUUUAUCCCAGAUGAGGAGCGCGAUCGCCGCCUCCAUGACCCUGAGACCGGGGUUGCUUCAAAGGUGUUUUGGCACCUCGUUUACGACAGCUGCUUCAUUUGGGUGCUGGUAAACACAGCUUGUUGCCUCCUGAUGCUGAUCGCAAAGAUGAUCCAGUGCUUGGUGUUUGGGCCCCUGAGAGUUAGUGAAAAACAGCACCUGAAGGACAAAUUCUGGAACUUCAUCUUCUACAAGUUCAUCUUUAUUUUCGGCGUUCUGAACGUGCAGACUGUGAACGAGGUGGUCGUUUGGUUCCUGUGGUUUGCCGCUUUGGUCUUCCUGCACCUCAUGGUCCAGCUUUGCAAAGACCGCUUUGAAUAUCUGUCCUUCUCCCCCACCACUCCCAUGCACAGCCACGCACGCGUGCUCUCCCUGCUGGUAGUCAUGCUGCUGUGUGGUUGCGGACUGGCCUUGCUGUGCGUGCUGGUGCAGCCCCUGCUGGUGCAGAACGGGCUGGCGCAGCCCUCGCAGGGAAUGCACACCAUGUCCUUCAUGGCUGCUGAGUGCUUGCUGGUCAUCGUGCGCACCGCCCAUGUUAUUAUGAGGUACUCCUUCCACCUGUGGGACCUGAACCAUGAGGGAACGUGGGAGGCCAAAGGAACCUAUGUGUACUACACAGACUUCAUCAUGGAGCUGACGCUCCUGUCCCUGGACUUGAUGCACCAUAUCCACAUGCUGCUCUUUGGCAACAUCUGGCUCUCCAUGGCCAGCCUGGUGAUCUUCAUGCAGCUCCGCUACCUCUUCCAUGAAGUCCAGCGGCGUAUCCGGCGCCACAAGAACUACCUGCGUGUUAUUGACAACAUGGAGUCCAGGUUUGCAGUGGCCACACCUGAAGAACUAGCUACCAACAAUGAUGACUGCGCCAUUUGCUGGGACUCCAUGCAAACGGCUCGCAAACUGCCGUGUGGUCACCUCUUUCACAACUCCUGCCUGCGCUCCUGGCUGGAACAGGACAUCUCAUGUCCCACCUGCCGCAUGUCCCUGAACAUCAGUGAGGGCAGCAGAGCUCGCGAUGACCAGCAGAGGGAAGCCCUGGAUGACAACAUAGGUCCUGCCCCUGGACCAGAGGCACGUCCUCAUCUCAACCAUCACAACCAUUUCUUCCACUUUGAUGGUUCACGCAUCGCUAGUUGGCUGCCCAGUUUUUCUGUGGAGGUCAUGCACACCACCAACCUCAUGGGGAUGGUGCAGGCCAACAACUCCCAGCUAAAUGCCAUGGCCCAUCAGAUCCAGGAGAUGUUCCCUCAGGUUCCGUACCACCUGGUGCUGCAGGAUCUGCAGGUGACGCGCUCUGUGGAGAUCACGACUGAUAACAUCCUGGAGGGACGCAUCCAGGUGCCGUUCCCAACACAGGCUAGUGAGCGCACACCCCUUCAGGCUGGUCCUGGACCAUUCCCCUCGUCUACCCUGGAGGAGCAGGCCGGAGCCACCGGGGGCGAGGAGGCUGCGCCCGGCGAAGCAGAGGACCCGGAGGUCCAGGGUAGUCGCUUCUCCAAGUCGGCAGAAGAGAGACAGAGGAUGCUGCUGCAGAGGAAGGAGGCCCUUGUGCAGCAGGCACGCAGACGUUAUCUCAGCAAGACCCCUGAGGAAGACUACGAUGAAGACAGCCUUCCCUCCUUGGAGGAAGAUGACGGCCCCAGCCCGGACGCCAUGACACAGCGGCGAAGGAUGCUGGCUGCAGCAGCUGAGCGUCGGAUGCAGCAGCAGCAGGAGCAGCAGUGAGCAGCAGUGAGCAGCAGUGAGCAGCAGUGAGCUGGGUCUCUCCGCAGUCUCCCCCAAAUCCAGCAGCUCUCUCCUUUCACCAACCAUCCCAGGGCCCCCUGAGCUUCAUCCUGGAAGCCUGGAAGGAAGAAAAACUGCUCUUCUGUCUUGACAUUGUGAUUAAUAAAACACAGGCGCAAGACUGCAUUACGGGCAUAGUGUGGCACUGCUUUGCUGUGCUGUUUUAAGUUGCCUUAGUGAGAAAAGGACCCUCUAUAGGGUACCUGACAACGUCUUAGAUACUAAAGCUUUAACCAUGCUCAUUUCACAAGUGUGUCGGGGUUUCGUAAUCAACCAAACCUCCUCAACCCACUUCAGUUAUGAGCUGUGACGUGAUGACACAUUUCACCCACACUUUCCUAUGGGAAAAUUCUGACAUGAGGAAGCUUUCUGUGUGUGGUGGAGUCAGACUGUUGUGCACCUACAGUCAUUUCUGUUAUGCUUUUGUUGUGUCGUGUUAACAGGGCAAGAUUCAUCUGUGCAAGACAUUCAUGUUUAAUGUUUUUAUCAUAAGGUGUGAAGGUAAUGCCAGACCUGCCUCUCUUUUUUAUUUUAUUUUAUUUAAAAUUUUCACUUUUAAUUAAGAAUACUGGGCUGGUGUUAAGUGCUAUGAAAGUGAAAUUUAAUUUCUCAUAAAAAAACCAUAGGGGUGAGUCUUAUUAAAGUUUUACAUCUGUUUUUUAUGAGGGUAAGUUACAGUGCAGAUCGUUUAACUUCUGUAAAGUGUGCAAAAAUUACCCUUAAUGUCAAUUUAGUAUGCAAGAGAUUUUUAGGAAAUAAACGGUUCCAGUACUGACUGCAGAGAGUGGACUUGGUGUCUGCAUAGCGCAGGGGUUUCCGACCUUGUUGACAGUGAGAGCUACUACAAAGAAAAUAACCUGUUGAGUUGCUCAUUCUUGGCGCCUGGGGUGGGGAGAGGGUCUUCCCCACUGGCCUAGAGGGUACAGUAUUGCUCCAGGCUUACAGGAGGGCAGUUUGAGAUCAGAUUUGUAUUGUCUUCUGCUUGUCGUUACUCAUGUUUUAGUUCACUGAUGGCAGUAGUCUUUGUUUUACAUUAUUACAGCGUAGCUGCGUGUUGCAGUGCUGUGCAUCCAGUGAGGGUGUUGCAGCAGUCUUAAAAUCUUUUAAAUCUGCCUGGAUUAAAUUUACGUCAUUUCCCCCUCAGGCAAAUCAGUUCUGAGAUCCGCUUGAUUCUGCAAGAAUGCAAAGUUGGUGAAUUGUGUUCUGUAUCAAGCCGGUUACUGAUCAGUAUCUAAAAUGUUCAGUCAGUCAGUCCAGAAACAUAUAUGUCGAGGCUACAGCUGCUGGUUAGUGCUUUUAAGAUUUACAUUGAAAGUAAAAUUUAAUUCAGUUCACACUACACGGAGCAGUAUUUUCAGUCCUCACUCACUCACUUUUUACUCUUGAUUUAAUGAAUUAGCGGAACUCGAGUAUUAGAGAGUACCAUAAAUGAUAUGUGAAAGGAAGGACAUCCAUUAGUAUUUCUUGUUAAUCCAUAUCACUUUUAUCAUAUUUGAUCAUUUUGUCUUGGAUAAAUCUACCUGCAACAGGUUUUACACAGUAUUUUUUAAAAAUCUGACCUGUUGUAACAAUUGUUUGUUCAUUUUAUGUAGCGUAAGUUACCUCAUGCUGCAAGGUGUUGCGUAUGGAUACAGUUUUAUUGACUAGAAAACGGAUGCCGUGUAAUAAAAUGGAGUUUUCGAGCAUGUAGCAUAUUAGAUUCAAAUCUUCUGCGUCCUGUGAUACUGGGGUUUUUGUGUAAAAUUAUCUUUUUGAUUGUUGAGCCCAGUAAAUGUGCUUUCAUUAUGUUAGGUAUGCCUAGUGGAGUCUUUUAUGAAGUAACCCUUAUGGGUAAUAAGUUUAAGGCCCUUUCAUUCUUUCUUUCUUUUAUAAUGCUCAAGGGGCUUUGGAAUGUAAUUUUGAGGCAGCACUAACACUAUCAGGGAAUUGACGUUGUUUGGCUCUGCUCUCAGUGCUCCUGGCUCUUAGGACAGUAAACGAAGAGCUGUGAUUUACUUUGUCUCCAUCUUCUCCAGAUCUGACCACUCGUUGUGGACCCAGAAAGGAAAGGCAAACUCUUCUAUAGCAUAUUUACUUUCCAAAGAGCAUUUAGUUCAGUAACCUCUGAAUUUUAAAACUGCUAGUUCUUUGUAACUUAAUCUGUAUAUAUAAAAGCAUUACUCAUGGCUGUUCUUAAACAGGUCAUGAUUCCUUUGCAUUUAGUUUGCACAAUCAGAUCUAGGAAAGAUUUUUCUAGAAAUUGCUACUGAUGUUAUCAUAGUUUGUUGGGCCCAUGAAAUAUACUCAAUGAUUAUUUAGAUUUCUUUGUAUACAAUGGGGAUUUAUGCCUAAAUUAAAGCAUGGGUUAGUGAAUGACAUUUUGUAAAUAUUUUUUAAAUAAUUAAUGUAAAGUUGACCUGGUAAGAAAUAAAAAGCAUAACUGCUAUUAACAAAACGAA